ACAAAGAGUGGAGUAAAUUUCGUUCAAGUCCUACAGCAAUUUUGGGCAAAAGUAGGAAACCGAUGGACGAUCCAACAUUUAAAUCGGAAACAGUAAACAAGUUGUUGCAGCAGUUUUUUCGUGACAAACAAAAAACAAAAUGCACGGGAGAUGCACUAAAACUCAUGGCAGAACUUUUGAGAAUAUUUAUUGCAGAGGGGGCAGCAAGAGCAGCACAACAAGCUAAGGUAGUUUUGGUUUAUGUCUCAUGCAGAGGGUAUAAGAUACUUUUCACAUAUUUAUUUCCAGUUCCCAUCUACAGGCCAUCUUCAGAUUUUUAAGCCACUAACUCUAAAACACCUCUGGAACUUGAGGUCAUGCCAAAUUGUAUAGUAUUAAUAUUUAAGCCCCAAAUGCCCUGUUUCUAAUUCUCCCAAAUGGAAUUGCUUUUGUUUCAUUAAGCAGAGCAGUUUUUGCUUGAGUUUUGAAAAUCAUUCACAUUUGAUUUGGUUUUGCAUUACUGCACAAAGGAAUUAAAACACUUGUGCCACUUUGACAUCCAAUCAGAAGUACAGUAAAACCAAUUUUACCAAUCGUGACUGCCUCAGUCACAUUUAACGUUUUCCCACGUUUGGCCUCCGCUACACGUAUUUGCUUCAAGUUUUGUUUGGUUCACUGUAUUAUCUGUGUCCUUUGUGAUUAGUCAGAGUGAUAACUUUGGUUUUGGUUUUGAUUUAUUGAAAAGCUCUCUAUGUGCUAGGUGACAGUAUUUGAACAUACAUCAAAUGAAAAUUAAUGAAUUGAAUCUCUCUGGCAAUCACCCUCUUAAUUCUUGUGACAUACAUGUAGAUGAAUAUCAUCCAUGACUAAUAAUUAAAGGAAAUGUAAACUAAACAACCAUAGCGUUCUUUCAGAUCAGAGACAGGUCUCAAAUCAAAAACUUGACAUAGUCGGCUAUGUCACCCGACAAGUUAAUAGGAAAAUGUUGAUGGACGUCACAUUUGAAGUAUAUACUUUGCACCCGUAGGUUGAAUCAUCACCAACAGUAGAAACAGAUCAUUUGGAAAAGAUUUUGCCGCAGUUGGUAAGGAAUUGAUUGAAUGAACAAAGCAAAGUAUAGAGAAGAGUGGUUUCAUCACUAACAGUUAGUGUCUUGAUUAUUAGAUAAUAAUUUGUAAGAAAUGAUGGAAAACUCCCAAGGGGGGGGGAUUCUAAUAUAAAGAGGACAGGGAUGCUCGUUGCAAAUUUUGAAAACAACACCAUAAGAGGUGCCAAGAUCCUGUUUUGUGGGCAUGCCUUAGAAUUUCUUUCACCCCUUUAGGAGGUACCAAUUCUAAACACUUUAACUGACACUGACGUUUUCCAGGUCGGCUCAAAAUCCUAAAAGGUACAGCAAAAGCUCCUGCUGUGGACCUCUUUAGGUUGAACACCCUAGGAGACACCAAACCUUUUUCUCCCUAAAAGGUACGACAAGCACCCCUGACGACGAGCACCCCCGUCUUUUUUAGAGCCCAGAGUUCCCCCCCCCCCCUUGGGGAAACCCCUGGACUCUAAAGAUACUAAAAAUAUUUUCACAUGAUAAUGACUGUUUGUGAUGGCUGACGGUUCAUCCAUCUGGGUUUCCUGGGUAAACAAUUCAAAAAUGGUUGUGAAAAUCACUAUCAAUGUUGCUUAGAUUUGUACAAGCAACAGGGCACUAAUUGUAUGACAUAAUUUAGCCACUGUAAUGAGAUAAAUCUAAUUAGAUGAAUUGUAUUCUUGCCAUCUCUCUGGCCCUCCUCUCAAAUUCCUAGUGCAAAUUUGAGCUUUUCCCAAAAAUUCUAGAGAAAAUACUGUAGUAUUUAACAUUGUCCUGAUGCUGGGGUUUCAGACCCAGGCAAAUUGACCAGGUGUGGAGACGAUCCUGCCCGCCUGGUUUGACCAUCUAGAGAGAAGGUCUUUUUAUAAAGUAGUUCAGUUCAAAAAGUGUUGCCUGUCUGUGAAAAUGUAUUGCCUUCCUGUUUAAAACAUUAAUGAAACCCUUGGUGGAACAUGUACAAAUUGCUGAAUUGUCUAUAUUAUAUCUUGGGUUAAACUAAUUUUAAUGAUUAGUUUCGAAACACAUUUUAGGAUAAAAGCUAGAGAUAAAAAACAAUGUUUCGAUGUCUAGUGAAUAAAAUUUUGCAUAUAAUAUGAGUAAAAUUAAGACAUGAGAAUUUGAAAAGUGAUAUUAAUAUUAUGUAAGCAAACACUAAGCAUUACAAAACGUAAGCGAUAAAAACUAAAAUACCAAAUACUAGAUAACUAGUCUAAUUUUAUUAGACUUGGCUUAUCAAAAACUGUUUUUGAUUGUGUUUUCUU